AUGAGUCCUCCGGAGUUGGCAGAGUUGAGGAAACAGUUGGAUGAGUUGCUCCAAGCAGGAUUUAUUCGACCCUCGAAGUCACCUUUCGGGGCACCUGUGUUAUUCCAGAGAAAACAUGAUGGGAGUUUGAGAUUAUGUGAUUAUAGAGCAUUAAACAAAGUGACUCAAUUCGAUAGAAGAGCACUUGGAGCAUCUUCGGUUGGUGCUGACGAGAUUACGGGAAAAUCGGUUGUUUGUAAAGAAGGAGAAAUGUGCUUUCGCCCAAACGCAAGUCCAAUUUUUGGGCCACAUCAUGAACGAGGGCGCAUUCGUAUGGAUAAAGAGAAGGUGAAGGCUAUCCAGGAGUGGCCGACCCCACAAAAUACCGAUAAUACAGCAGUUAGCCACUUCCUUACACAACCGAAACUAACAGCAAAGCAAGCUAGAUGGCAAGAGUUUCUGGCCGAGUUUGACUUCAACUUUGAGCAUAAGGCGGGGAAAAGAAUCAGGUUGCUGAUGCUUUGA